AGUACGAAACUACCAUUAAUGGAAGUUGGAAUCUCUGAUAAUGAGUGGGUCCCACAAAAGCGAGCCUUGACAGCUGAUGACUUGUUAGUAAACAGAUCGGCGAGUGAGUGACUGAAAUCUGAGUGCGGCCAUGGAUUCAGAGCUUCCAGCGCUCUUGGUCUUGGGUCCUCCAAUGGUCUUCAACCUCUUCCAAUCUCACUACUCUCACAAAUACCGUUUCCUCAAUUUCUUUUCGUCUCACCUACCACUCCCCCAAUUUCUUCAAACCCAACACGCCCACCCUACCUCCGUCCGCGCCAUCCUCUGCAACCCGCGACAGCCGGUCACUGCUGACGUCAUCCGGUCACUCCCCUCCCUCGGCAUCGUCGCUACUACCACCGUUGGUGCUGACCACAUCGACACCGCCGAGUGCCGCCGCCGAGGCAUCCAGGUUGUUACUCUCGGGUCACAGUUUGCCCCCGAUGUUGCUGACAUGGCCGUGGCGUUGCUGAUCGACGUCAUGUUCAAGAUCUCUGCCGGUGAUCGGUUUGCCAAGAAGUCGAUUCAUUUCAAGCCAUGGAGCUUCCCUUCUGGUUCAAAGCUAGGAGGCAAGAGAGUUGGGAUUAUAGGAUUGGGAAGAAUUGGUGGAGAAGUUGCCAAAAGGCUAGAGGCCUUUGAUUGCAUAAUCAUGUACCAUUCAAGGAACAAGAAUCCAUCAGUCUCAUACACUUUCUACUCCAAUGUGGUUGAUCUUGCCUCUAACAGUGAUGUUCUUGUACUUUGUUGUCCAUUAACUGAGCAAACAAAGUACAUAGUCAACAAGGAAGUAAUGUUAGCAUUGGGGAAGGGUGGCAUUAUUGUAAAUGUUGGAAGAGGAGCUCUAAUUGAUGAAAAGGAAUUGGUACAAUGUUUGAUGAAAGGGGAAAUAAGAGGUGCUGGUUUGGAUGUGUUUGAGAAUGAGCCUAAUGUUCCCAAAGAGCUCUUUUCAUUGGACAAUGUUGUCCUUUCACCACAUGCUGGUGCAAUUACAUUAGAUUGUUUCAUGGAUGCAUGUGAACAUGUGGCAAAGAGUUUUGAUGCCUUCUUCUCAAGUUAACCCCUUAUUAUUUCUCCUGUGUCUUCAUGUACACUUCAAUUUUUACGAAUUUAACUUAGA